AUGGCCCCUCUUCGUACUAUGACCGGGGACACCUGUACCGAUGAGAAGAUGCCCCAAUCGCCAGUAUCGCCCACGAACACUGAUGCGACUUUAACGGAAGAUUUUAUCGAAGAUGCCGAAGACAGUCAUUCUACAAUUCAGCCUUCGGUACGGACAGAUUCAUUCGAUGUUGAGAGCGCACAGCCCCAGAACGAGAAGAAAAGACCAAAGUUCUUGCGAAGGAUUACAGUCCCUUUCCGCUCAGAGCCUGAUCCUGAAUAUGUGACCGAGAACAGAACGCGAACACCUUUCCAAUCAAGUGAAGCGAACUUUUCAGUUUACCGAUCGUUUAGCUAUCUGCAUUCACGUGUUCUGCUUGACUUGCAGGAUGAGAUCACAACUCUAGAGAAAGAAUUGGACGAUAUCGAUUGGGAAGAUUAUGAUGAAGAACCGGCACGUUUGAAGUCAAGGGACUUUGACGUCAGUCAGCCUGAAGGCGAAUGUAGCCGACGAGUCAUACUUCGAGAAAUUAAAGCCAAGUUGAUGGAGUAUGAUGAGGUUCUCAUCAAGGCAAGAACAUUGGAGUCAUUCCAAAAGCCAUCAGAUCGUAACUACCGUAGCGUACGGCGCUAUUGUCAUAAUCAAAAGCCGCUCAUGGAUGCCGAGAUGGACGCUAUCCGUAGCAAAGAAGACAUUGUAUCACUGCACAAUGGCCGCGAGUGGGCAACCUUUGAUGGCGGUGUGGAGACUAUAAUCAGUCAAACAGACCGCCUUCUACAGAAGAUAUUUGGUACCAAGGCGCCUCCACUACAAAAGUACUUCCGUACUCCAGAAGCACAAGAAAAGACAACAGACCCUUUUGUCUCUUUCUACAGCAGCUCGCGCAUCGACAAGCUCGUCAACAUACUCAUCACAUUCGUCAUAUUCUGUCUCCUGGUUAUUCCCGUCGUCACUAUGUAUCAGAAUAUCUCCAUCGAGUUCACCAUGCGUUUUGAUGACGUCCUUGAUUCACAGAAGCUAGUCGACUCGCUGUGGAAAUUGCUUGAGAAACCUGGCUGGAACAAAGUGGGAGCGCGAUUGCGCCUCAACACCACAAAUGAUAAACUCGAAUACCACAUACCAUCAUGUUACACCAAGGAACGUCCACCAGUCAACUUUACUCAGAAGACGUACGACAUGAGGUUUGAAGAGCAUCCCAUCGGCCGCAAAUUUCCGGUGGUAGACGAGCACAACGACAGUGUCCAAUCCUUUGACGUACUAGACUCGCUUCGUGAGGUUACGCAGACGGAAAACAGCACUACGGUCCUCGAUGACUGGAUCCAUACAGAUAAAGCACAGCUCGGCUUGCACGUUGUGAGCUUCAAGGAUACUACGCUUGUCACGCUUACUUGGUUGCAUACGCUUCUUGACGCGAUGGGACGACAAGCCCUCCUAAAGGCGUGGCAGGCGGUCUUGGAGGGCAGGAAUGACGAUGUGCCAGAGUUCUGGGGGUUUGAUUUCGACCCACUGGCACAGCUUGGAGCGCCUCUCGGCGAAGACAAAACAACAGUGGAGGAUAAGAACACUCCUGAUGUGAAAGUGCAAGAGAAGAAACAAGAAUCCCCAUCUCCAGCCUCUGAAACAAAAAAAGCACCAACCGGCCGAAUGCUCUACGUGCCCGCAUCUUACAUGGCUCGCCUGCGUACUAGGGCAAUGAACGAUCUCACCUCCCUCGAUGCCUCACAAAUCACUUACAACACUUCAAACUCUUCCGAGCCCAAGCCCUUCCUUUCCGACGGUGAUAUCUUUUCCGCGUGGUUGGUCAAACACCUCGUAUCCGCCGAUGCCACUCUUCUUGAGUCCCCGCCCGUUCGACCAGUCAUAUUCGUCAAUGUGUUGGGAAUGCGAGACGUGCUGUCGACAUCUUCAUCCAAGUACAAAGUCUUGAUCCCAAGAGGAACAGCGUUCAUCGGGAACGCGGCAACCGGCAUCGUCUCUCCGUUCAGUCUAAAGCAAUUUCUGGACAUGCCACUAGGCCAUAUUGCUGCUCGUAUACGCAAAGACCUAGUUGAGCAAGGAAACAGGGAGGCUGUCGAAGCUUCUCAGCGUGCGAGCCGUAUCGAACAACAGACUAACAUGGCACCACCGGAUGCGCAAAUGGCGCCAGCAGUGUUCGUAGUCUCUAACUGGGCAAAGGCCAAGUUGUUUGAAAUCAACUUCAGCGCUGCAGUUGUUCCCCGCACCGACAACCAGGGCGGGCCUGUCGGUAAGCCAACUACUGGCAAGCCCACAUAUAUUCAUGUGUACGGCACCGACAAACGGGCAAGUGGUUCAGGUGUAGGCCCAGGUGGUAUUGGAAAUUGUGUAGGUAAGGACGCGAGGGGAGGAUAUUGGCUUGGAGGAAUCUGUUCUGGAGGGUGGGCAGAGAGGUUUGAGAAGGCUGUGUUGAGCGAUGCAUAG